AUGGCUCAUCUCAAACCAGCCAGGGCUUUAUGGACAUCAUUGGGCCUGCCUUUGAGUGAGGCGCAGACGCUGAAACUUUCUCCUCGCCCGGACCUAGUCGUAAAUUCCUCAUUCAAAGUCGGUGAGGCGGCGCAGACAUCCAUUGGCCUGUCUGCGCAGUCAGCAGCAUAUUUUCACAAGCUGAGGGCCGGUGUUGAGCAAGAAGUCAGCGUUGACGCGAGGCAUGCUGCGAUAGAAUUUCACAGCGAAGUAUACUACACACUCUACGACAAACCACCGCCAGCACUCUGGGACGCAAUCGCAGGGCUUUACUCGACUGCGGACGGUCAUGUUCGAAUUCAUACGAAUUUUUCACACCAUCGUCGCGGUAUCCUCGAGAUCCUCGAGAUCCCCGACCACCCAUCCGUCACCAGGUCCGACGUACAAACUCGCCUCGCGCGCUGGAAAGCCGUCGAAUUCGAGACCGAGGCAGCGAAGAGGGGUAUGUGCGCCACAGCUUUGCGCACGUUCGCGGAAUGGGAUGCGCACCCGCAGGCGGAGGCACUGAAGGAGGUACCGCCUGUGCAGCUGAUCAAGAUCGGGGAAGCUCCGAAGCGGGAGGUUGGGGCUGGUGUAAAGCCACGGUAUGCGCUAGAGGGCAUGCGCGUCCUCGAUCUUACGCGCGUGAUUGCGGGGCCUGUGGCGGGGAGAACUUUGGCAGCCCACGGCGCGGACGUCCUCCUCGUCACAUCGCCCAACCUUCCGGACCUCCCCGCCCUCGACGUCGACACCUCGCGUGGCAAGCGGACGACGCAGCUUGAUCUCAACAAAGACGCCGACAAGCGUACGCUCACCGAACUCGCCUCCACCUGUGACGUAUUCCUGCAAUCCUACCGCCCUGGCGCACUUGCAGCGAAAGGCUUCGGACCCGCGGACCUCGCCAAAACACGCCCCGGGGUCGUAUACGCUAGCCUAUGCGCGUGGGGCUGGGAGGGGCCGUGGAAGGAUAGGCGCGGGUUUGACUCCCUCGUGCAGACCGCGACUGGCUUCAAUGCGGCUGAAGGUGAGGCCUAUGCAGCCGCGCACGAAGGAGAGGACUGGAAGCCUCGCCCGCUUCCGGUACAGGCGCUAGACCACGCAGCGGGGUAUUUACUGGCCUUCGGUAUCAAUGCUGCGCUCUGCAAGACGAUCACGGAGGGCGGUUCCUGGGAAGUCCGCGUCUCCCUCGCCGGCGUCGGACAAUGGAUCCGAAGCCUGGGCCGGUUAUCGCCUGAAGACGCGUUUUUGCACGCCACCCCUCUUCCGCCACCAUCUUUGCCUCACGCGCCAGAGAUUCAAGAGCUUUCGGGGGUAUGGCACGACCCCGCAGGCCAACCUGUCCUCAAGGCGAUCAAGCACUCGGCGGUCAUGGAAAAGACGCCCGUGAAGCAAGGGCGGGCACCUAUAAAACUGAACAUAGACGCCCCAAGGUGGAAUGCAUGA